AUGACAGCCCUUGUAUAUCUGAAGCUGUUGGGGUUGCUGAGCAUUGCACAAGGUCUAGCUGAAGACAGGAUCAUUGGAGGAUCUGAAGUUGUCCCUCACUCUAUCCCGUAUCAAGCCUCCUUACAGAUAAGAUCAGUACAUUACUGCAGUGGGACUUUAAUUAACCCCAGGUGGAUCCUGUCAGCAGCUCAUUGUGUGAAACCUCCAUAUCUCAUUACAGUUGUUUUGGGUGAACAUAGCCUUUCCAGGUCAGAUGGCAAUGAACAGUUCUACAGAGUGAUCAAACUUAUAAUGUUUCCUUUCUACCAACCUGCAACAUUCAGGCACGACAUCAUGCUGAUGAAAUUGAAUAGGCCAGCAAAACAGAAUGCAUAUAUCAACUUUGUAGCAAUUCCAUCUACUGAUGAAAUGGUUCCUGAAAAUACCCUAUGUACAGUCUCUGGCUGGGGAGUCACCACUGUUUACAGUUAUAGUCUAUCUGAUAUACUUAUGGCUGUCAAGAUUCCAAUCAUUCCUCGCUACAAGUGCAAUAGACCUUCUUCAUAUGGUGGAAGAGUGCAUCCCUACAUGAUCUGUGCGGGAUACAGUACAGGAGGCAAGGAUUCUUGUCAGGGUGAUUCUGGAGGACCACUGAUUUGUAAUGGAGUCAUUGAAGGAAUUGUAUCCUGGGGAAUUAGUUGUGCACAUUACAAAUACCCAGGUGUAUAUACAAGAGUAGGCAAGUACAUAAAUUGGAUUCAAACUAAAAUAGCAAGGUUUUGA